AAACUGGACUAGCUAGUCCGGAUGAGAUAUAACCUGCCAUAUCUAGCUGAAGAACCGUUUCAUUGCCAUGUGUUGAAUUCGCAACUUGCGUUUGAUGUCGUUUUCCAAUGUCCUAAUCAUGCGACAGCCCGACGAGGGCAAGUGUCACAUUUGUAAGCGGGUCUUCUGUUGCGGCCAAUGCCGGCAGAAGCAUCAGUUCAAAACCCACGCCAUUGCUGUGCGCGAGCCAUUGGGAUCGAGAGUGGCGGGCGGCGUCGGCGGCAUAACCGAGCAUCGCCAUCAAAUGGAGUCCGGCGCGACCACCAUCUAUGUGUUCUGUCCGAUCUGCGAGCGGCGCCCGCUGCUGCUGCGCGAGGAGAUGCACGGCGAACUGCUGGCCCACAUCGAGACGUGCCACCUGCCGCUGAGAUGCCGCAAGUGCCAGCGCAACUACACGCGCAUCGAUGACCUGCGCGAGUUUAGUAAGUGCGUGGACCAGGAGCAGCGCUGCACGGCGGACGGCUGCGUUGAUGUCACCGGCGCCACGGAGAUAUCGAAGGCGACGCUAAAGAGAGCGGCCAAUAGCACAGCCAUCUCCACGCAAACAUCGCCGACCGUGACGCCCAUUUCGCUGAUCAACAUGCGCUGGAAGGCCAAGAGCCGCAUCACCCACGAGGAGUUCAUCAGCGACAGCGUCUCCUCCAUACGCAACCUCUCGUCGUUCAGCAACAGCUCCAUUCGUCGCUCCAUCGGCCACCUGGGCGUGAAUGCGUCCGAGACGGUGGAGAAGGGUAAGGUAAUACGAUCAACGUCCACGCCGCUGCAUGUGGAGUCCGUUUUCGCCAAGCCCAAGGAGCCGAUUACCUUCAAUGCCUCCACUGGCGGCCAUGUCUCCAGUAUCUAUCACGAGGAGCCCAGUCCGGCGCCCGAGACCAAUCCCGGCCAGCAGCACCACCACCACCAGCAGCCGCAGCAGCCGUUGCAGCAGCGCGCCUGGAAGAUGGGAGCCCGCAACAAGAUGAGCGCCGCAACGCCGCUGCGCCAGGUCAUGUCGAAGAGCAUACAGAAGGCCUUCGUGGAGCACGGCGGCAUGAUGGUCCACCAGCCGCCAUCGGCAGUAGUCCAGCGCCGCGUGCGCCUCGAUCUCAGCGAGCACAGUGAGCACAGUUCCCACGAGGCAGUGGGUUCGUCCGCUCUGGACUUGCGACUCUCGCCAGCUAUGCGGCGCACUCAGAGCGAGUCCAGCGCCUCGGAGAUCAGCGGCAAUGGCAGUGGCGGCUCCAGCUACAGCUCCGCGCGGAAUUCCGAUCAGUGCAAGCGGCAGUUCCUGCUGUCCGCCCAGAAACUGACCACCGAGUCGAUCAUCAUCACGCGAACGAACUCCAGCUCGCAGGAGAGCUCCUCCACGGUGUACAACUCCUGCGAAAGCGUAGAGAUCAUACGGUCCACCUCGCAAUCGGCGGAAGUGUGCCACGUGCCGACCAUAACGCCUAUCCGUGUCACCGGUGCCGGGAUCAAUAAGAAGCAGAUCAAAUUUGAGACGCCGCCCAAGAGCAGCCAGCAGAUGCAACGCAAUGGCGAUGGCGACGAUACCAAGGAUCAGUUCUUCACGCCCGAGCCAGGAACGCCGGAGCAUCCAGAGCGGCGUCAUCGCCAGGCGAUUGUGCCGCGCCAGCUGAGCGGCGAGUUUUCGCCCAAGGAGAAGGAUAAGUGCAAGGAGAAGGGGCCGGCGGUGCAGGCCCUCAUCUCGCCGCCAUUGCAGCGUCCCAGGGUGCGUCCUCCGUUGCGGGAAUGUCGUCAGCAGCGAGUCUUUAGCGGCGUGCAAGAUGUGGGCGAGCCGGAGGACGAGGAGGAGGACGAGGUGUUCAGGCCCACAAACGCCUCCACGUGCAACGACAAGAAGCUGGAGGCGCCCAACUCCGGUCGCCUGUGGUCGCUGAUGACCUCAAUGAUGCGACUGCCGGCCAGUUUGCGCGGCGAACGGGAAAAGGACCAGGAUAAGGAGAUGGACAGGGGCAGGGAAGCGGAUAAGGAGAACGCCGGCUCGGGCUCACUCAUCCGUCGCUGCGCCUCCAUCGCCGGCUCCCUGGUGCGGCCCAGUGCCAAGGACUCCGCCAUGGCGGACCACAGCAGCCUGAAGAGGAAGCGCACCCAGACGCUGGACAAUCAGUACUGCAGCCAGAUGUCGCCGUCCAGCUCCUCAAAGCGCUACCGCAUCCGGCCCAGGGACCCCAUCGAGCGCAUGCGUCGCCAGUAGGAUAUAAGCCAUAUACCAGUGAAUCGAAUUUGUGUUUUAAUUUGUGCAUUUUUUGUUCCAUUAAAUAAAUAAAUGUUUUGUCUAGCAAGAA